AUGGAAGAUAGUCCUCCAAGAAAAGUGCGUCGUACUCGAGCCCAAGAGAGGCCGAAAGCAGUUCGGCGAGUUAAAUCACGAGGACAAUCAGAAGAUAAAAUGACAACUCAUGCGAAGAGUCCAUUAGCACCAGUUGUGCCCCAACCCAUUUGUGUAUGUUGUGGGGAAGUACAGGCGCCUGAUGCACGGUCUACAGCUACACUGGUUAGUCCAGUUAGGGUCAGAGCUUCUGCUAUAGUAAAAGGCAGGGACAGAGUCCAUAGGAUGAUUAGAUGCAACUUCUGUACCAAAUGGUACCACCUAGCAUGUAUGAAUCCACCGACAAGGACUAUGCCUUCCAGUGGAUAUAUCUGGCGAUGUGAAGACUGUGAAAAAGUUGCCGAUAAACCAGGCGAGGCCACGGAUUCAAAUGAAGAUAGCAGGAACAAAAUGGAAACUAAGAUCGCGGCCGAAGAAAAGAAUGAAGCGACUGCAAAACGCACAAACGCUGAGAGAAUCCACAAACCCGAUAUGCGUAUAAGAUUGCCUUUAGCGCGUCACAAAAACACGGGUUUUACCAAAGAAGCAGCAAAGUCUAAGAAAUGUUAA